AUGUCGGGCAUCAGCACUCGCAUCGACAAGGGCACAACCAGGUUCGCUCCAAAGCUCAAAGCACGGCCCAACCGCAGCAAGGCCGCAACCGCCUCGGAAGAUGGAACCCCCGCAACAACACCCUCAAUCGACGGCAGUGACACCGGAUCCUUUGGCGCAUCCUUGACAGAGUCCGACGCAGGAAGCACUAGCAACAACAAUACCAGCAACCCCACGUUGUCUACAGUACCAGAGAAAUCGGCAGUUGAAACAACCUCAAGGAGACUUUCGACCGCCACACCCAUGUCCCCACCUCCCUCUAAUAUCCGUGUCAUGGGCACACCAAAAUCACCCGUCUUCUCGCCCACAAAAGUGGUGUCAAAACCUGCUCAGGAGAUCCAAACUCUUUCCUCCUCCGCCUCCGCCUCCGCCUCCUCCUCUUCGCAUACGCCCAAACCAGCAGCAGUCGCCAUUAUCCCAGGAUCUUCUUCGUUAGUUGCAAAGCCACCCGCCGUCAAGGGAGGAGCUUCUGUCAUCUCACUCCCAUCAACAAGGGGCCGCGCCGAAUCUGAAGAUAUCUCUGGAGAAGACGAUGAGGACGACAACGACGGCUUUACUCCACCCAAGAAAAAGACAAAGGCCAAAUAUAUCCGGCCCAAGAACAACCGCUUUGGAGUUGGAGCAGCAGAGGAGUCUCAGCUGACGGAGGAUGGCGAGGAGAUUGUGCCCGACUACUCGGAUACGCCCAUGUACGAGUUUGUCAAGGAUAUGGGCACAGGACGGAGAUCAAAGAUUUUCUUGGAGCACCAAAAGAUUAUGGACGAGAAGAGACGAGUCAAGCGGCUGGAGAAGAUUAACCGUGAGGUGCGGAUUGCGGAGGGACGGGAGGCUUCAGAGACACCGGCUCCCGAAGGCGAGGAGGAGGAAGACUAUCCUGAGGGUGAGGAUGAUUACACUUCUGUCAAGAAGGACGAGAAGGACAAGCAGCGCGCCAAAUCAGAGACCAUAACACCAAAGACUGCGCCCGUGAAAACAUUCGCUCCGCAGGUACGAGUUGUUGAUGGACGCAUUGAGCUAGACAUGGAUUCUUUGACAGUCGACCACGCCGUUGUGGAUGCUGCGGAUCACUUGGAACCCUUGGAGUAUGUCGAUGAAUCCGCAGCGACACGCUUCACCAACAGUGCCAGUUAUUCGAAAAAGAACAGGUCUGAGAAAUGGUCCGAGGAAGAUACAGAACUCUUCUUCGAGGCAUUGUCACAGUGGGGAACAGACUUUGGAAUCAUUUGCAAGAUAUUCCCCAAGAAGUCGCGUAUUGCUAUCAGGAACAAGUUCAAGCGCGAGGACCGUAUCAACCAUGCACGAGUCGAGCAGGCAUUAAACAAGAAAACCCCUAUUGAUCUGGAGUCUUAUUCUCAGAUGACAAACACAGAGUUCCCAGAAGUGGACGAGCUCGGACUUGUCAAGAAGCCAGAAGAGGACGGGGAGGAACCACUGUUUGACCCAGCCUUUGAGGACGAAUAUGGCGAUGAUUUUGCAGAUGAGGAAAUGGUGCCACAGGAAGAAAUCGUCGAAGACGAUGGCGGCGAGGAAAUCGUUGGAUCCAUUUGA